CGAGCCGCAGCGCCUACCAUUAUCGCCCAGCGCUGUACGGCUGCUGAUGCUGAAUGGUAAUGCAGGGAUAAAACUGUAAGACGGAGAAUAAUAUGUAAACCGUGGUUCGUCGUCGAGAUUUGUAUUUGGUAUUCUGUCUGCCAGAAUAAUGAGGAAGAGACGGCAUUGGAAACCUCAGUUUCGUGUAUUUAAGCACUGGAUAAUUGAGAGUUGAGUUUGAGCACGUAUAGUAAGAUCAGACUCAAUGGCGAAAAAAGGGCGCUCCAAAGGUGAAAAACCUGAAGCCAUCAUCUCUGCCUUACAAGCAGCCAAUGAAGAUCUCAGGUCCAAACUAACUGACAUUCAAAUUGAACUUCACCAAGAAAAAUGCAAGGUCAACAAGUUGGAACGUGAUAAGACACAGGAGGCCAAGCGCAUCCGUGAGCAGGAGCAGCACAGGCACACUGCAGCGCUUACUGAACAGCGGGCACGCUGGCAUGAGGAGAAGCUGAAAGAACUGGCAGCACUGCGUGAGUCACUGACACGACAACACGAGCAGGAACUAGGAAGAACUGCCAAGAUCAAGGACGGUGAGAUCCAGAGGCUACGGUCCGCAUUGGCUGCAUUGCGGGAUGGAACUGGUGAGAAGGUUCGCACAGCACUGACGCUGGAGGCACGUGAUGAGGCAAGGCGUUUCUUUGAACAGGAACGUGCAAAACUGUUAAGUGAGAUCGCUGAACUGAAGGCUGCAAAGCGUCACACAGAUGAGGCACUCAAUGCUGCUAUCCAGGCAGAUAAGACUAAGGCAGUUGAUCUGCGAUCUGAGCACCAGGCACAUCAGGAACAGAUCUCCAAGAUCAAGUGGGACUGUGAGCGGGACAUUCGCCGGCUGGUAGAUGAAAUCAAAGCAAAAGACAGGACAAUUUUCUCUUUGGAGAAAGAGCUGGAGACCACUACAGGUUUCCUGCAGAAGUUACAGCUUCAGAAGGAUGCACUGGAUGAGCAGCUUUUUCUUGUGAAGGAAGCAGAAUGUAAUCUUGGAAGUCCGAAAAGAGAGAUCCCUGGAAGAGCUGGCGAUGGAGCAGAGCACUGUGGGAGCCCGGAAAUGAGGAGGAAUCAAAGACGUGUUGCUGAACUGAACUCCACUAUUCGGAAGCUGGAGGACCGUAACACACUUCUAGUGGAUGAAAGAAAUGAACUACUAAAGCGAGUGCGGGAAGCAGAAAAACAAUGUAAGCCGAUGCUGGACAAGAACAAGCUUUUGAAUAAGAAGAAUGAUGAGCUGACUCAGUCUCUCCAACGCAUGGAAGAGAAGCUUAAGUCCUUGACCAAAGAAAAUCUGGAAAUGGCAAAGAAAAUUACUUCACAUCCACCACUAAAGAAACUGAAAUCUUUGAAUGACUUGGACCAGGCUCAAGAUGAACAAGAAAUUGAGUUCCUCAAGUUGCAGGUUCUUGAGCAGCAGAGCAUGAUCGAUGAGCUAACCAGAGAUAGAGAAAAACUUCUCAGGAAGAAGCGGCAUAAACGAAGCAGGCCUAUUAAGAGGCAUAUUGUUGUGGACACUUUCUAUGGAUAUGACGAAGAGUCAGUGGAUUCUGAGACCUCCUCUGUGGCCUCUUUACGUAUGGAUCGUACUCCAGCCACACCAGAUGAAGAACUGGAUGAGUGUCUGGCCAACGAGGAGUCUGAACUGCGCUUCAGGCAGCUGACACGGGAGUACCAGGCCCUUCAGAGAGCUUACGCCCUGCUGCAGGAGCAGAAAGGUGGCAUUUUUGAUGCUGAGAUGGAAGCCAAGGCUCAUGAGCAGCUCCAAGCUGAUGUGCAGAGGUAUAAAGCAAAAAUUGAGGACCUAGAGAAAGAGCUUGCUUCCAAAGGACAGGAUUCCAAAUGGGUAGAGGAGAAACAGCUGUUCCUCAGACGCAAUCAAGAGUUCUUGGAGAAGAUAGAAAAGAUGGAUAAUGAAAAUGCCCGACUGCAACAAGAGCUCCAGGACUCUAAAGACCAGAAUGAACUGCUUGAGUUUCGGAUACUUGAACUAGAGGAGCGAGAGAGAAGAUCCCCACCCUUCACUCUUUCAAUUCACCCCUUCUCAGAGGGAGUAAGUGCCCUUCAGAUCUACUGCAUAAAGGAAGGAGUAAAGGAUGUGUGUAUACCUGAUCUCAUCAAAUUGUUAGAUAUUCUAGGAGAUAAUGGGAAUUUAAGGAAUGAAGAACAAGUGGCCAUUAUCCAAGCAAGUACUGUCCUGUCUCUGGCUGAGAAGUGGAUCCAACAGAUUGAGGGCACAGAGGCAGCACUUCAUCAGAAGAUGAUGGACUUAGAGCUGGAGAUGGAGAUGUUCUGCAAGCAAAAAGGCUAUCUGGAGGAGGAGCUUGACUACAGAAAGCAGGCCCUUGAUCAGGCUUAUAUGCAAAUCCAGGAGCUGGAGGCAACUCUGUAUAAUGCACUGCAACAAGAUAAGGUGAUCAGAUAUGGAGAGCCACUGAGCGAGCUACAGAGAGACGAGCUGCGCAUGGCUGUGGAGAAACUGCGACGCCAGAUGUUGAGAAAGAGCCGCGAGUAUGACUGCCAGGUGCUGCAGGAAAGAAUGGAGCUUCUCCAUCAAGCCCACCAGAGAAUAAGAGACUUGGAGGAUAAGACAGACAUUCAGAGAAGGCAAAUUAAGGAUCUAGAGGAAAAGUUUUUAUUUCUGUUUCUUUUCUUUUCUCUUGCCUUUAUUCUUUGGCCGUAAUGUCUAUGACAUCUGCUGCAGAGAUGCUGCAGCAACCUAAGAACUCUUGUGAGCAGCUGCAGUUUUCCACUUGUGAAGACUAGAACUGUACUACUGGCCAUUUUCUCUUUACUGUUGUUGUGGGUGGGUGGGUGUUGGAAAUGUAGUGCUUGUUUAUAUUAGCUGCAAAGAACUCGCCCUCCAAAUAAGGAAGCUUUGGAUUACCUGGCAAAAUAACAAAACCUGAAAUAACACAAACACUGUGUCAACAAAUUGCAGGUAAACCAAACCAAGAUGAGGAGGGUUAUACUGUUUAUCUCUGCCAUGCAGGGGAUUUGCCAUUCCACCUGCUUAUUGCGUCUUUAACUCCAGAAACUUGGUCAUUCAUCAUACUCUCAGUUAGAAUACGUCCACUCAAUCAUGUACGUCAUUUUCUUCCCACCCACACAAACAUAUUUAAGAAAGCAAUGGACACUGUUAUUCACACUCAUGAACACCCAGGAGUUUUGAUGCAUGACUCAGGUCUUUGCUGUCUGGACUCCUAAGAACAGAUUUGUCUCACACUGCCUGAAAAGGGGAUGGCAAAAAGAAAGAGAUCAAAAGACUGCAUUCACUGCAAGCAUGUUACUCAAGCCAAUCAGUCUGGUUCCCCAGAAACCAUUUCACUUCAGAAUAUUGGUGAAACUGAGCGAAAUUCUAACUUACUGUGCCCAUGUCCCCAUAUAUAUAUAUACCAAUAUUUCCCUUUUAAUAAUGAAAAGUGUAUUGUUAAAAAUGAUCAUUAUCUAUCACUUGGUAUAAUUUGUUGAUAUGUACAUUUGUUAGAAUAGUUCUAGCUCUCCUCCCUCCCACUGUGAAUACACCCUGUUCUCUACAGCUUGAGCAGUAGAAUCUCUCAGCAAUUUAUAAUUUAUUGAUUGAUUAUUAUAGUGACAGCUGCAAAUGAAAUGCAAAGACAUUUUUCACUUUGCUUAAUUUGUCCUAGAUGUGCUGCCUCAGCAGUGGGCCCCCCAACCCCCACCCUACCCCUCCACAAGUAAUGGGAACUUUUUUACUCUUUCAGGCAGGAAUAGCCUUAGCAUACAGGCAGAAGCUUCUUCAUCUGAUUUGUAUGGAAUAUAAUGUUCCAGCUACCCUUGAAGUUUGUUUUAAUGUGCUUGUAAAAAUAUCUCUGACCACUGGACACCUGUACUGGGAUUAAUUAAAGCCUAAAUAUCUCUUCAGCAGUGAUGCAGCAUCUCUUUUUCUUUUUCAGUUCCCCUUUUAAUUGAGAAUAAUAGAACUUAGCAUGUCUUUGUCUCAAAAUCCUCUCUAAAGUGUUAGCAAACCAUUAACCAGUUGUCAGACAUCAGUGAUGCAAUCUUAGAUUUCAAAAGCGAAUGCUUGCAAAAGCGUGCCAUGCAACAUAAUGUGACUUUCAAAUAGUUCUACAAAAAAUAGGAGAAAAGAUUCCACUCAACACAUUCACCUAACAUGUUUAAUUAAACAUGUUAGGUGAAUGUGUUGAGUGGAAUCUUUUCUCCUAUUUUUUCUCCUAUUCUUUGACUGCAAAUGAUUUAAAUGGAUGAAUCAGAUUUAUUAGGAAUAAUGAUGUAGCAUUUUAUCUUUAAAUAUAAUAUUUUACAGUUUCUACACAGGACGGGCAUACUGACCUUUUCAAGCAUCAAUCAUGCUAGAUACAAAUGUCAAAAUGGUUCAUCAAAACAAAAAGACAAAUAGAAUUAGAGUAUUUUUUUUUGUGAUUUCUGACAAAAAAUUGGGGUUAAAAAUUUGUUAUAUUGCUGAAAGUUCAAUCAACACUUAAGUCCUCUUAGCAGAUGCAGUCAGGUUUUGUCCUAAAAUAUCCAGGAACUUGAUGUAAUACAGUGGAUAUCAGGUACUUUCUACAGUCACGAUUUUGCCAAAAAUUCUGUUUUAUUACUUUAAAAUAUGGGUUGUUAUGCAGGUGGCAGGGCUUGGUUCAAACAAGAACAACGUGAAUACAAAAUGAUGAUGUAUGACAAUUUCCUCAUAAAUGUCCUGUAAACAUUUCAUAUACUCGCAGUGUGACAGACAGCAUCAUUAAAACUGCAGGCAAGGAAACUUCUGUACUAAAGUUUGUAACACCCUCCAACUUCCCCAAAUGCUUAUCAUAUUUGUCUUUGUUUUUGCAGUUAUUUCUUCCAAUUUAGAAAAGUAUGAAAUAAAAGAGGAAAAAACA